GGGCGGUAACCGCGGGGCGGAGCGGCCGCGCCGGGACCCGGGAGGAGGAGGAGGAGGAGGAAGGAAAGAAGGAAGGAAAGAAGGAAGGAAGGAAAGAAGGAGGCGGCGGCAGCAGGAGCGAUGGAUGCUGUUAUUCCCUACAAGGAAGUCCUCCAGAUGUACUGGGAGAAAGCAACAGGCUUUGUGAAUGCCCGAUGUGCUGGACUUGAACCCUGGCAGCUCAUUGGUUUGACCUUUUCUUCUACCCUUCUGAGUGUGUGGCUGCAUGGCUUCCUCUUCCAGCCUGAGAGUUUGACAUCUCGAACCAAAAAACAGUUCUUUAAACUGCUGAGAAAAAUGCCACUUGUUGGAGCCAUAAUUCAAAAGAAGAUUGAUGAAGCCUUGAAUGAUGUCACGUCCAGUUUAUCCUUCCUGAAAGAUGAAAAGGAUUAUAUCAAAGCGCUGCCGGAACAAGGCAUGAGCCAGCCCCAAGUGCUGGAGAAGAUGAAAGAGUACAGCUCCAAAGGAGACGUACGUUGGCAGGACGGGAAGGUCUCUGGGACUGUGUACAGUGGUGAAGAGAAGCUCACCCAGCUGCUAGUGAAGGUGUAUGAAGAGUUUGCCUGGAGUAACCCUCUCCAUCCGGAUAUAUUCCCUGGCCUGAGGAAGAUGGAAGCGGAAGUAGUGAGGAUUGCCUGUACACUCUUCAACGGGGGCCCCAAGUCUUGUGGUGCUAUGACAUCUGGGGGGACUGAGAGCAUCCUGAUGGCCUGCAAGGCCUACCGAGACCUGGCGUACGAGAGAGGCAUCAAACAGCCAGAAAUGUUGGUCCCGGUGAGUGCCCACGCGGCAUUUGACAAGGCAGCACAUUACUUUGGGAUGAAGCUGAUUCAAAUCCCAUUGACCAAGGCUAUGGAAGUGGAUGUCCAGGCAAUGAGGAGAGCUAUCUCGAAGAACACAGCCAUGCUGGUCUGUUCUGCUCCCCAGUUCCCACAUGGAAUUAUGGACCCUAUUGAAGAGGUGGCAGAGCUGGCAGUGAAGUACAAAAUCCCCUUCCAUGUGGACGCCUGCCUGGGUGGAUUUCUCAUUGCUUUCAUGGACAAGGCAGGGUUCCCUCUAAAGCAUCCCUUUGACUUCCGUGUAGAAGGUGUGACCAGCAUUUCUGCUGAUACCCACAAGUAUGGCUACGCCCCCAAGGGUUCCUCGGUGGUGCUCUACAGCGACAAGAAGUACAGGAAGUACCAGUUCUUCAUAGCCCCCGACUGGCAGGGGGGUAUCUAUGCCUCCCCCUCCGUGGCAGGCUCCAGGCCUGGUGGGAUCAUAGCUGCAUGCUGGGCAACUCUGCUGCACAUAGGAGAGUCAGGCUACGUUGAGGCCACGAAGAGGAUCAUUAAAACAGCCCGUUUCCUCGAGUCAGAGUUGAGAAAAAUUGACAGCAUCUUCAUUUUUGGGAAACCAGAGGUGUCUGUGAUCUCCAUUGGCUCGGACACUUUCGACAUUUAUCGAUUAUCCAAUUUUUUAGCUGCAAAAGGAUGGAACUUAAAUGUCCUACAGUUCCCACCAAGCAUCCAUCUCUGCAUUACUCAGCUGCACACGAAGCCCGGCGUUGCUGAAGAGUUCCUGAAGGAUGUCAGGGACAGCAUCGAGGACAUCGUGAAGGACCUCAACGCCAAGACCACAGGCAUGGGAGCUAUCUAUGGAAUGGCACAGUCCGUCCCAGACAGGAGCUUGGUAGCAGAGAUUUCCCAGGCGUACCUGGAUGGCCUCUACAGCACGGAUGUUCCUUGCAGUGAAAAGCACAUGAAUGGCUCUCCCAGCCACCACUGACUGUACAGCAACAAUGGAUGCCUUGCCAGCUGGCACUGGAGUGGUUCCAAAAGUUUCCUAGGGAAGAGAUUGCAGUAAGCCUUUGUUCCUACAACUGCAGGUCUGAGCGUGGCUUGAUCUGGAAGAAUUCCUUCCCUGUCUUAGUCUGUUCUGAAAUCCACGUUAUUUUCAUGCCCAACUUCAUUUUUAGGGAUUUUCUUCCCCUCCCCCUGCCUGUUUUAUCAUGGCUGUUGAUGGUCAGUUGAAUGUCCAUUCCACAACUCCAAAUUCCUCAGGUAUUCUGCGUGUCACUUCAUUCCUUGCUGUUCCUCCUCCUCCAGACCUGGUAUUCAGCCAGUGUCCAACCAAGUGUUAGAUUUGAGUUCCCAUGUUGUGUUCCAAAGCUUCAAUCUUCCCAGAAGUUAAAGGUAGAAAAUAAAUUGAAAAUUUUGUUUUGUUUUGAGUAUUCCUCUAAGCUACUGCAUUUAACAGACUGUGCUGGGAGCCUUAUAUCUGUGUAAUGCAGAGCUGAUAAAUUGGGAAAGGGAAGAUGGUCACGGACUCCUUUUGAAAUCCCCUCUGGAGAUCUCAGUGAGACUGCAAUCAAUAUCUGCUGAGGGGGAGAAAAAAACAACACAAAAUCCUUUUCUGGAACUUCUUGAGUAGCAGCAGAAAUAGAAACCCAAGCGAGUGGUGUAGGGAGAGGAGCUGGAUGGUACAGCUCCCGGUACAUCCUGGGUACAUCGUAGCUGUUUUGCUUCCCUGCCUCUUCCAGAGGACAUGCAUUUACCACCUGGAGGGCUGGUUUUUACCUUGCACAAUUCCGGAGGGAGGUGCAAAACCAAUUUCCCUUCUCAUAACUUGAAGGUUUUCCACUGUCCCCUCGUGAUGCUGUAGCAGAGCUAGCCAGGCCCUGGAUGUCACGUGCAAACGGACGGUGCCAAAGCUGACGGUUCGUUUUUGUUGGUUUUUUUUUUUUUACCACGAUCUUUUAGUAUCAAAAAGGUGACUUUUGUAUUAGCAGUAAUCUUUGCACUGAUUCUUUUAAGGCACAUUCUCAAAAGGGCAUUCACCAUUGUGCCUUGAUGCUUCUCUGGCUUGGUUUUUUUUGGGGUUUUUUGUGGGAUGCCAGGGAGGGCUGGAGGGUUCAGCUGUUGGCUGUGGCCUUGGCUGAGGUCGUCUCUUUAUGGUACUAUGCUGAAAAUAAACUGCAAAGGCAGGCUGGCCUCAGAGGAAGGACACCUGCCUGUAAGGUAGGGUAGUAGUUGUAUUGAGCCAAGUCCCUUCACAGUAUUACAAAGUAUUACAAAGAUGCUGGGAGAGCUCUGCAGCAAGUUGGAGGUGCUCAAGCCUUGGGCAUAGGGCUCAGCCUUCCUAUUUUUCUCUGUUGUUUUUAUGGUGAGAUCGUUUUCCCAGUGCAGCUUGUGAGGCAGUUGUAGCCUCAAGGCCAAGCCAGAAUCUCCUUAAGUUAUUAAAUACCAGUGGAGUUACUCCUGCAGGGCUUUCCCAUGUUUCCUCUGAGCUUUUUGCUUGGAACAGAGAGUUUUCCAGGCAGAAUUCCACACGUGGGCAAAGAUUUCAUGCCAUGUCUGCACAGGGGAUCAGAAGACAUUUCUCUGCUGUAGAGGGCCUGUUGCCUGAAGCUGACCCUUGCUGAAGCACACUUGCACAGUAAUUUUACAGAAUGAGAAAGUCACUUACCAGCCACUGCACAAACCAGUGCAGCCCUGGGCCCAGCCACUGUGGCAAGAAUACUGGCUUUCCAACAGCUUUAUUCUCAGUGCUGGGAGACAAAAGUAUUUUGGCCAUCUGCCCUGAAAUUGAUGACUUGAUGCGUGUCUCUGGGCCCUUUUGAAAUCAUUGAAUUGCUUGAGAGUCUCUUGAUGGUGUUAUCAGCUCUGGCAGUUUGUACUGGACCCACUUAUUCUGUCAGGGUCUUGCCAGUGUGGCCAUUACUGCAUCUCUGAGCUUGCAGUACUUUGGAGACAGUCUUAAGUGUCUGGCUACUGUGAUGGUUCUCUUUUGAACUGAGAUUUAACAAAACAAAGCAAAAAAGGGAGGUACUCUUUUUGUUUCUGCUUUAGAAGAAGGAAGGGAUGGAUCAGGGGUGGGCUGAAGGAGAGAGAAAAUCCCUUCUCUUCCUUCCCUGGUUGCAUUUUUCCUCCCAGGAAGUAGAUGGAUCUAACAGAUAAGUGCUCCAUUUCACAUUUCUGGAAGUAUUUGAAGAUGUUAUUUGUAAGUCAAUGUAUUCUAUUCUGGGCUUUGCUUAUUAAUAAUAUUUGUGGGUUUAGUUGUUUCAUGUGUGUUUGUUCUAUACUGUAAUGUAAUCCUGUGGUCAGGAGCGGGCCACUGUAAUUUACUUGUGUGUAGUCUUUAUUCAUCCUGGUCACCUCACAUGUAAUCUGCAUCUCCUUUAUCAUGCCAAAUGGUCUUAGAAAAAUGGAUUAACAGGCUGUGUGAUUACUUAAAAGACAAAAAAGAAGAAUUUGAUGAACUGGAUUAUGAUCUGAGACUGGAUGGUACUUUAGACCUGGAGGGAUUUCCAUGACUGUUGAUUCCCGUGAGAUUUCCAGCUGUCAGGUUUUCACAGCUGGACACUGAAUUUGUUGCUUGUACAGAGAACUUCCAAGGGAUUUGCCUGCUCUUAGGUACUAGACUGAAGAAUAUCCAAUGGGAUGGACCAAGAGGAAAUGUGUGUCUUCAUGCCAUGGAUUUCAUCUGCACUUUUCUGAUGACGUGGAGGAGAGGGGAAUGGAAGGGUUGCGUACAACACAAUAAUAUCCUGCCCAGUAAAUCCACAUGGACUUUUUAAUGAACAAACAGGAUGAGUUCACCUGAUGGCAGUAUUUGUGUUUCUCUGAUUUGCCACUGUAAAACUGGAGGCUGAAAUAGCUGAAGAGAUGGUGAAAAUGGGCCUAGUUUGUAUUAAAAUGGUGUGUUUAGCUAUCUAGGCUCCUUGAGCUCUUAUUUUCCUGUUUCGAUGGUCAUUUGAAUGACUGGGGACCUGUUGUUCCUGGUCUUUGCUCAUGCACAGCCUGGGCUGUAGCAGGUAGGGAUGGUUUAUGAAUCUUAACAACUCUGCCUGAGGUCUGCUCUGUCAUUCUGUCAGGAUAAAGGGUGUCUGUGGCUACGUC